UUUGACAUUAUUUACAGUAUUGAUAAAGAAAGUUAUUUUGACCGAAAGGUGAAAUUCAGUGCAUCUGUUACCAGUGGCAAUACAAAUCACUCUGAAAACAGUGAACUGGUAAAAACGAGAAACAUCAGUGUAAAACAUGCUAUCUAUGUUACCAUGUUGAGACAUACAGAUUCCAGCAUUUAUAUCAAUUUCACCAGUGGGAAGAAUCUUGAAAAACCAGUAAAACAGAUAUUGGAGGUGAAGAAUGAGUUUAGAGAGCUAAAUGUAACAGUUUUCAUUAGAGUACCUGUAAAACUGGGAGACGAAAACAUCUGGACUACUAAAAAUGUGCAGAUUCCAGAUUGCUUCAGGGAAAGAGAUGAGCGACCCACCUCCACUGCUUUUCUGAAAGUGCUCAAAACGAAAAAUGUCUUGAAUUGCUCUGUGGCGGUGUGUGCGGUCUUCAGGUGUGAUGUGAAUCUGAUGAGAAAUGAAAGGAAGUUCUAUAACAUCUCUGGCAAUGUGAGCUCUGGGUGGAUUGAGCAGAUUGGGAUUAGGUCUGCAUCUUUUCAGUUGGUCAGUACAGCGUCUCUGGAUUAUGAUGAGGACAAAUAUAUUUACUUCUCUGAUUCCCUCAGCUCUGUGCCAGUUUGCGAGGUAAACACUCAGGUGGAGGUCUAUGAGGAACAGAGCAUCCUAAAGGAGGUCAUUGUAGGAGUUAUUGGAGGACUGCUGAUUAUCUCGCUCAUCACAGCUGUCCUCCUUAAGUCUGGCUUUUUCAAAAGAAAGGCCAAGCAGCUGAUAAAGGAUCCAACACAAGAAGCUGAUGAAGUGGAAAAUCUAAAUGAAAAUUAAUGCAGAAUUGACCAAUUACUUUUAUUUAUUUUUUUUACUUUGAGUUCUUUCAUCCAAAUUAACGGAUGUUCAUACAACAAUUUCUUCCUUUUAAGGUGCACUACAGAAGAUUUUUGUUUAAUAAAAGUAACAAAAACUAUGGUCCCCCAAACAUUACACACUGAAAACAUAGGCUGAUAUCUCAUGGCCACAAAUUUAGAAUUUGUUUCCUGUUAGUAAAUCAUGGCCA